CAUAUUUCUACACCUACAAAACCCCUUGGUUUCCCACUCAUACGAUACAACCCUUUCAAUUCUACAACUAGAAAGAAUUUUGAAGAUUGUUCAUUGUUGAUCGAUCAAUAAUCAGAACAAAAACUGCUUUGUGAACCUUAUCCAGUCCUCUUGAGGUUGGUUUGGGAGGUCUGGUUGUAGAAAAGACAAUCAUGCCUGGGAACAAGUAUAAUGGCAACUCAACGGUUCCAACAAGUCGUAUUGAGAGGCUUUUAAGAGAACGAGAGCUAAGAAAGAAUAGCAAAGCUUCAUAUUCUAAUGAGCUUACCAACAAUGAUGCCUCUGAGUAUGAAAGGUUAAAAGAUGGCGAUAACUUUGUAGAACAGUACCUAGAAGGUGCUUCUGCUGCAAGAGAUGGUUGGGAAAAACCAGAUGGUGGACUCUUUACCCAACGCUUGUUGGUUGUUGCGAAUAGACUGCCAGUUUCUGCUGUCAGAAGAGGUGAAGAGAGCUGGUCUCUGGAGGUUAGUGCUGGUGGCCUUGUGAGUGCCCUCCUUGGUGUGAAGGAGGUUGAAGCAAAAUGGAUCGGAUGGGCGGGUGUAAAUGUGCCAGAUGAGCCUGGGCAGAGGGCGUUGACUAAAGCAUUGGCAGAAAAGAGGUGUAUACCCGUGUUUCUUGAUGAAGAAGUUGUGCAUCAAUAUUAUAAUGGCUAUUGUAACAACAUAUUGUGGCCCCUUUUCCAUUAUCUUGGUCUUCCACAAGAAGACCGUUUAGCUACAACUAGAAGUUUCCAAUCUCAGUUUGCAGCAUACAAGAAAGCAAAUCAAAUGUUUGCUGAUGUGGUUAAUGAGCAUUAUGAAGAAGGUGAUGUUGUUUGGUGCCACGAUUACCAUCUUAUGUUCCUUCCAAAAUGCUUGAAGGAUCACAACAGCAACAUGAAAGUUGGUUGGUUCCUUCAUACUCCCUUCCCGUCUUCUGAAAUCCAUAGGACAUUGCCUUCUCGUUCUGAGCUUCUACGUGCGGUUCUUGCUGCUGAUUUGGUUGGAUUCCAUACAUAUGACUAUGCAAGGCACUUUGUUAGUGCUUGUACCCGUAUCCUUGGACUCGAAGGUACUCCUGAGGGGGUUGAGGAUCAAGGGAGAUUGACUCGAGUUGCUGCGUUUCCAAUUGGUAUAGACUCAGAUAGAUUCAUUUGUGCACUCGAGAAUCCACAAGUACAGGAGCAUAUGAAAGAAUUGAAAGAGAGAUUUUCUGGUAGAAAGGUGAUGUUAGGCGUUGACAGACUAGAUAUGAUCAAAGGGAUUCCCCAAAAGAUACUUGCCUUUGAGAAGUUUCUAGAAGAGAAUCCAUAUUGGCGUGAUAAAGUAGUUUUGUUACAGAUUGCAGUACCAACUAGAACAGAUGUUCCAGAGUAUCAGAAACUCACUAGUCAGGUCCAUGAAAUUGUGGGCAGGAUAAAUGGAAGGUUUGGGACACUGACAACUGUUCCAAUUCAUCAUCUGGACCGCUCUCUUGAUUUUCAGGCUUUAUGUGCACUAUAUGCUGUCACUGAUAUAGCCAUUGUCACAUCUUUGCGGGAUGGAAUGAAUCUUGUCAGUUAUGAGUUUGUUGCAUGCCAAGAUGCUAAAAGAGGGGUUCUGAUUUUAAGUGAGUUUGCGGGUGCUGCACAAUCCCUUGGUGCUGGGGCUAUUCUAGUUAAUCCAUGGAACAUAACUGAAGUGGCUGCUUCAAUAGGCCAAGCUUUGAAUAUGAGUGCUGAAGAAAGAGAAAAACGUCACCGACACAACUUUUUGCAUGUCACAACCCAUACUGCUCAAGAAUGGGCAGAAACUUUUGUGAGUGAGUUAAAUGAUACCGUAGUUGAAGCGCAACAAAGAAUAAGGCAAGUUCCACCAUCACUUCCUGUUGAAGAGGCUAUAGAGCGUUAUUUGCAGUCAAGUAACCGAUUAAUCAUACUGGGAUUCAGUGCUACAUUAACGGAACCAGUUGAUACUCCUGAUAGGCGCGGGGGUGAUCAGAUCCGGGAAAUGGAUCUUAAGCUGCACCCUGAACUAAAAGAAUCACUGAUAGAGCUUUGCAACGAUCCACAAACAACUGUUAUUGUACUCAGUGGCAGUGAUCGAAGUGUAUUAGAUGAGAACUUUGGAGAGUUCAAUAUGUGGCUGGCUGCUGAAAAUGGAAUGUUUCUACGUUCCACAAAAGGAACCUGGAUGACAACUAUGCCCGAGCAUUCAAACAUGGAGUGGGUUGACAGCGUGAAGCAUGUCUUUGAGUAUUUCACUGAAAGAACACCUCGAUCACAUUUUGAGCUUCGUGAAACUUCAUUGGUGUGGAAUUACAAGUAUGCAGAUGUUGAAUUUGGGAGGCUUCAAGCCCGAGACAUGCUGCAGCAUCUGUGGACAGGCCCGAUAUCUAAUGCAUCUGUAGAUGUAGUACAAGGUAGCCGCUCUGUAGAGGUUCGAGCGGCUGGUGUAACUAAGGGUAUCACAAUUGUUCGUAUAUUAGGCGAGAUAGUUCAUAGCAAAUCUAUAUCAUCCCCCAUUGAUUACGUCCUAUGUAUCGGUCACUUUCUUGGGAAGGAUGAAGAUAUAUACACCUUUUUUGAGCCUGAGCUUCCUUAUAAUGGCAUGGGUAUUCCAAGUGCUAAGCUUCCUGGAGACAGAAAGACAGGUAAAAGUGGGUCGAAAUCAUUUCAAAAACAGCCUCAUCAACGACCUCCACAAAGUCCAGAUAACAAGCGAACAGCAACUAACAAUAUCAGGAACCACGCGUCUGAGAAUGGUGGAAAACGACCAUCGGCAUCACCAGACAAGGUGUCGUGGAACGUUUUAGAUUUGAAAGCAGAUAACUAUUUCUCAUGUGCAGUAGGACGCACACGUUCAAAUGCUCGGUACCUUCUAUCAUCAUCGGAUGACGUGGUUUCAUUUCUCAAAGACCUUACUCAAGCUUCGUGAAAUAUUACUUAGGAGUUAGACAAUAUGCAGGAGUUUAUAUUUUCGCUGUCUAGAAUCUAGUCUGAAACUCCUUGAUUGUUAGUAUUAGUUCCAUAUAAACCAACAUAUCUCAGGCAUUACCUUGUGUCAUUACUCGAAUUGAAGGGUAUUUGUUCCGUUAGUGAUAUCAUUUGCUUAAAACUUCUA